CUGGGUUUUCACAGAGAUAGUUUUAUUACACCAACGGAAUAGGAUAAAAUCUUUGCUUUCAUUUUGGAUCAUUUGGAUAACAAUGAGUGGUGGAUGUCCUUACUUCGAGAAAAAGCACUUGUAUGCGAUCAUUAUUGCAUUUCAAAUUCUGUUUUUAUUCAAAUGUUUGUGACAUUUCAAAGACAUCAUAUAAUUGAGCUGGAUGCUAAAUAAAUUAUCUUUAUCAUUAUUAUGAAUUGUAUGACAUUAGCUAAUCAAUGCCUAUAAAUGUGUAUUGUCAUUCCCCAGGUUAUUCAAGAGCAAGCUGCAUCUGAAAGAGGAGGAGGCAGAUGACUCUCAAGAAGGAAUUAACAAGGCCAGCAAAGGUGGUAUCAUCUAUGGUGACUACCUUCAGGUAAAGAAUUCUCUAUCUUCAUCUAACUAGCUUCACCUAACUUCAAGGUUUCUGACAUAGUAUCUUGUCUUCUGCAGAUGGAAGCUUAUUCCUUAGCCUAUAUGCUCCAUCCCUUAUAGGCUAACAUAAGGGAUACUGGAAGUACAAUUUUAAUUUGUGUUAGCUGUAGUACUAAAUGUUAUUAGUUUUGUUCCAUUAUAGCUUGACAAGGUUGUGACGGCCCAAGUUCUACAGAGUGAACUGAAAGGGAACAAGAUCCACGAUGAACAUCUUUUCAUUGUCACCCAUCAAGGUAAAGUAUAUGUUUGUGGUCAAAUAUCAUCAAGAUUUGAGAAUCAAUAGAGGAAUUGUAGUCAUAGUAUGCAUGCAUGCCCUUAUGUUCUGUUUGAAAUCCAGUCAAUUCAAGAAAUACAUCUAACCCUUUCAUUGUGGUUGCACCUACUUUUGGAUGAUUUGAAUAGGAAUUCACUAUCAACUUGCCAUCAACAAAUUAUAAAUGUCAUUGCAUUGCAAAGGUGGGACAUUAUGAUUAAUUGCAUUUUUAUUAUUUUAUUUCAGCAUAUGAACUCUGGUUCAAGCAGAUUCUAUGGGAACUGGAUUCAGUGCGAGAGAUUUUCAUCAGUGGACAUGUAAGUACCUCAGAAAGCAAGAGUACCCUGCCAAAAGCUUUAUUUGUGUAAUAAAAGUUAGAAAAUUGGUUGAUUUCAAUCCCAGCAAUGUGUUUAUUCUUAUUUUUAUUAAAGGUACACUACCAGUCAAAAGUUUGGACACACCUACUCAUUCAAGGGUUUUUCUUUAUUUUUACUAUUCUUUACAUUGUAGAAUAAUAGUGAAGACAUCAAAACUAUGAAAUAACACAUAUGGAAUCAUGUAGUAACCAAAAAAGUGUUAAACAAAUCAAAAUAUAUUUUAUAUUUGAGAUUCUUCAAAUAGCCACCCUUUGCCUUGAUUACAACUUUGCACACUCUUGGCAUUCUCUCAACCAGCUUCAUGAGGUAGUCACCUGGAAUGUAUUUCAAUUAACAGGUGUGCCUUCUUAAAAGUUAAUUUGUGGAAUUUCUUUCCUUCUUAUUGCGUUUGAGCCAAUCAGUUGUGUUGUGACAAGGUAGGAGGGGUAUACAGAAGAUAGCCCUAUUUGGUAAAAGACCAAGUCCAUAUUAUGGCAAGAACAGCUCAAAUAAGCAAAGAGAAACGACAGUCCAUCAUUACUUUAAAACAUGAAGGUCAGUCAAUACGGAAAAUCUCAAGAACUUGGAAGUUUCUUCAAGUGCAGUCACAAAAACCAUUAAGCGCUAUGAUGAAACUGGCUCUCAUGACGACCGCCACAGGAAUGGAAGACCCAGAGUUACCUCUGCUGCAGAGGAUAAGUUCAUUAGAGUUACCAGCCUAAAUAAAUGCUUCACAGAGUUCAAGUAACAGACACAUCUCAACAUCAACUGUUCAGAGGAGACUGUGUGAAUCAGGCCUUCAUGGUCGAAUUUCUGCAAAGAAACCACUACUAAAGGACACUAAUAAGAAGAAGACACCUGCUUGGGCCAAGAAACACGAGCAAUGGACAUUAGACCGGUGGAAAUGUGUCCUUUGGUCUGCUGUCCAAAUUGGAAAUGUUUUGUUCAAACCGCCGUGGCUUUGUGAGACUUGAUGUGGGUGAACGGAUGAUCUCCGCAUGUGUAGUUCCCACCGUAAAGCAUGGAGGAGGAGGUGUUAUGGUGCUUUGCUGGUGACACUGUCUGUGAUUUAUUUAGAAUUCAAGGCACACUUAACCAGCAUGGCUACCACAUACAUUUACAUUUUAGUCAUUUAGCAGACACUCUUAUCCAGAGUGACUUACAGUUAGUGAGUGCAUACAUUAUAUAUAUAUAUUUUUUCAUACUGGCCCCCCGUGGGAAUCCAACCCACAACCCUGGCGUUGCAAACGCCAUGCUCUACCAACUGAGCUACAUCCCUGCCGGCCAUUCCCUCCCCUACCCUGGACGACGCUGGGCCAAUUGUGCGCCGCCCCACAUCAUUCUGUAGCGAUACACCAUCCCAUCUGGUUUGGGCUUAGUGGGACUAUCAUUUGUUUUUCAACAAGACAAUGACCCAACACACCUCCAUGCUGUGUAAGGGCUAUUUUACCAAGAAGGAGAGUGAUGGAGUGCUGCAUCAGAUGACCUGGCCUCCACAAUCCCCUGACCUCAACCCAAUUGAGAUGGUUUGGGAUGAGUCGGACAGCAGAGUGAAGGAAAAGCAGCCAACAAGUGCUCAGCAUAUGUGGGAACUCCUUCAAGACUGUUGGAAAAGCACUCCAGGUGAAGCUGGUUGAGAGAAUGCCAAGAGUGUGCAAAGCUGUCAUCAAGGCAAAGGGUGGCUAUUUGAAGAAUCUCAAAUAUAAAAUAUAUUUUGAUUUGUUUAACACUUCUUUGGUUACUACAUGAUUCCAUAUGUGUUAUUUCAUAGUUUUGAUAUCUUCACUAUUAUUCUACAAUGUAAAAAAUUGUAAAAAUUAAAACCCUUGAAUGAGUAGGUGUGUCCAAACUUUUGACCGGUAUUGUAUAUUCUAGAAUUUAAAGUUGCUAUUGUGUACAUUAAAUUGUGGCUUGAUUCAAAUACAAUACGAGUCAAUGUUUUACCUCAUUAAACCAUGGAAUAUAAGCAAUGUCAAUAACCUAAACCUUUGUUUGUGGGUGUGAAGAGGUGUGCUUCUUUCUGUCCAAUAUGAUCAAAUUGCAGCACAUCUAGAGGACAAAAAGUUAUAGAACUAAUCUUUAAAAUGGUCAUGUUUCACCAGGUUCGUGAUGAACGCAACAUGCUGAAGGUCAACACCCGCAUACAUAGGAUCGUUAUGAUCUUCAAGCUGCUGGUCGACCAGUUCUCCGUGCUCGAGACAAUGACGGCCUUGGACUUCUAUGAAUUCAGGUAUGCCCCAUAGAUAACAUUUAGCUUGUAUAAACCUUUGUAAACCUCAUAAAAUGAUACCCUCUUUACAAUUGUAACACUCAUUACUCUUGUGUGUUGUAGAGAGUACCUGUCCCCUGCCUCCGGGUUCCAAAGUCUCCAGUUCCGUCUGUUGGAGAACAAGAUUGGGGUCCCUGACAACCUGAGGGUCCCCUACAACAGGCGUCACUACAGGGACAACUUCAAAGGACAUGAGAGUGAGAUGCUGCUCAGUUCUGAGAAGGAGCCUUGUCUGCUGAAAUUGGUGGAGGUGUGUGAGAUGCACUACUGAAAAAUUACUGAAACAUAUGAAAGAGAUACUGUUUGAAUACUUGAUAUCAUAGCAGAAUUGAGUAAUACUGUCUGUUGUUCUAUUCAGAAAUGGCUGGAAAGGACCCCAGGGCUUGACGGGGAUGGGUUCAACUUUUGGAAAAAACUGGAAGCCAACAUCUUUGAAGGAUUGUGUAUUGAAAAAAAGAAAAUCGCGGUAUGGGCUCUUUUAAAAUAAUCUAGUACAAAAAACUUGCCACAACAUUAUUUAUAAGGUUACUUAAAUAUAAAAUAAUCUGACCAAAAGCUAUGAUCUUAUUUGUCCUUUUGGCAGAAAAUGCCAGACUCUGAAGAGAAGGAGGAGAUGAUGGAAGAGCUGACAAAGCAAAAAGAGCUCUUCACUUCUCUGUUUGACAUCAAAAGACAUGAGCAUCUUUUGAGCAAAGGUGAGUACCUGCAUCCAGGCUGAGCAUCUAACACCAACUGCCUCAACAAUUCACUAUCCAUAAUUAGUGUAAAACUACAGAUCCCAGGUCUAAGAAACCAUCUCACUUCCUGUUGUUUGACCAGGUGAGAGACGGAUCUCCUACAAGGCUCUCCAAGGAGCUCUGAUGAUUUACUUCUACAGGUAAGGAGGGUUUCUUACAGCUUAGACAGGCUUAUGUUUGGUCACCAUUUGAGAUGUCAUUAUUACAUUGUGGAUUGUUCUGUUAUUUUUAGGGAGGAGCCCAGGUUCCAGGUCCCCUUCCAACUCCUGUCCAACCUGAUGGACAUUGAUACCCACAUGACAAAAUGGAGAUGUAAGUUACAUCCAAAGACAUAUCGUAUGUAAAGAACAGUUCACUUCAUCAUUGUUUACAUCUACAGGUGUCCCUUACACCAUUUGUAUUUCGUACUAGAUAACAUGCUUUCAACUGUCUAGAGUAUCAUUGAUCUGAAACAGUUGAAAUGACAAGUGCAAUAUUUCUCCUGUGUCUCAGACAACCACGUGUGCAUGGUGCACAGAAUGAUUGGUAGCAAAGCAGGCACUGGAGGCUCCUCUGGCUACCACUACCUGCGCUCUACUGUCAGGUAUGUCAUCUAUGAUUAGCUAGUGAAAUUAACCGGAUCCAAAGCAAUCCAGAGUUACUGUCAAGCACAUGCUCUUCUACCCCUUCAAGGAGCUAAGUAGGUGUUUGGUCUUCUCUCUCACACAGUGAUCGCUACAAAGUCUUUGUGGAUCUCUUCAACCUGGCCACGUUUUUGAUACCUCGCCACUGGGUGCCCAAGCUGGACCCCAACAAGCACACCUUCCUGUUCACUGCAGAGUACUGUGACAGCUCCUACUGCAGUAGUGAGGAUUCAGACUAGAACCUGUUAACUGUCUAGUGGUCCGUUCAGAUGGAGGAAAGGUGACAAGGAAAGGAAGCCACUUUAGACUAUGUAGACACACACUAGGCCCAGGGUGCAUCAUAUAAUAUAUAUAUAUAAAAUAUAUAGCAUUUAUUUAUAAUGGGACAAGUAACAUAGUAUAUCAUAACCACAUUAGCUGACUGCAUGUAUAUAUUGUUUAUAUAAUUAUUUCAUGUUUAUAAAGUAUAUAUUGUUUAUAUAAUAUUGUGCUGUAUUUAAAGUAGGAAAGAAUUUGAUCUCUGUACAUAGCCUAAUGAAUGAUAAUCAUGAACUGACCCAUCUACUUUGGGUUAUUCUGAAUGGCUACCCUAAAGAAGCCUAUUGUUAAUCUUUUUUAAAGUAAUAUGUUUUUG